AUAUCGAAAGAGCAGCACAUGGUUCGGCUCAGAGACGCUAGAGGAAAGGAUCCCACCGGUGCAUUCGAUCAACCUGGUGGAGUCGUUGACGAAGAAUUGACCCACGGUUCUAUUAUAGGAUAUUCUAGCAUCCACUACGCAAUGAAUCAAACGGAUGUAUUCAAGAAAUCCCGCGCUGGGGGCAUAUUUGCCGUCCGCUACAUCUUGAGUGGAAUGCUUUUCCUGGGCUGCUUCCUCGUGUAUGCGAUGAGACUCAACUUGUCUGUCGCCAUUACCGCUAUGGUCAAUGGAACCAGUGAAGAUGCCGUCCCUCUCGACAAUGAAUCCUGUCGAGCUUCCGUUCCACGACAGAACAGGACGUCGGAUGAUUUCGGGCCGGGUGAAUUCCUCUGGGAUCGAGACCAACAAGCGAUGAUCAUGUAUGCCUUCUUCGUCGGCUAUCCGAUUUCGCAGAUUCCCGGCGGGGCUGUAGCCGAACGCCGCUUGACUUUGGUGCUGGCUGCGGGGGUCGGUGUCACCGGUCUGCUCACUUGUCUCACUUCGAUUGCGGCCAGAUUCAACCUCUACGCUUUCGUCGGCCUCCGCGUGCUCGAAGGCUUCACCGAGGGCGUGAUCUACCCCGGAAUAUUCGCGUUCGUUUCCAACUGGGUGCCGAUUGAAGAGCAAAGUUUCUUGUUGAAUUUCAUCCUCUCUGGGAGCAUCGUUGGCAGCGUCAUCACAAUGCCAGCUGCGGCAAUGCUGUGUAAAUCAUACCUAGGAUGGCCCGCUUCUUUCUACAUUUUCGGUCUCUCGGGGGUCCUGUGGACUUUUGUCUGGCUGCUGAUUGCCGCAGACGCCCCGGAAAAGCAUCGUUGGAUCUCAAAUGAGGAGCACCAAUACAUCCUCGAGCACCGGCCGCCGAAGAACAAAAAUCAGAAGCCCGUCCCGUGGAAGGACAUGCUGCUGUCUCCCCCCGUUCUGCUGCUGGGACUGAUGAAAUUUGGAGGCUCUCUGAACUUCUACAUGAUGCUCACUGAACUACCCACCUACCUUAACUCCAUGUACGGCGUAUACAUCGUCGACAAUGGCUGGAUCAACGGUGGGAUGAACCUCGGCCUAGCGAUAGCCGUGGUUGGGACUGGAGUCAUCGUGGACAUAUUGAUCACGAAAGAAGUUUUCUCGAAGAACUUCACCAGGAAAUUCUUUGUCGCAUGCUCCACAUUGAUACCCUCGCUUUGCCUUGCAAUCAUUUCGGCCAUCGAUUGUAACUAUCCCUUGGUGUUGGGCAUUCUAUUGAUCAACUGUGUGUUCGUUGGAUUCAUGGGCGGCGGCGAUACCUCGAUCUCAUUGGAUUUGGCUCCGAACUAUGCCGCCACCGUGCAAGGAGUCGUGAACCUUCUAGCAAACUUCGCUGGAAUCGUUGCGCCUCUCCUCGUCGGCAAAUUGACACAAUACCAUAACACGCUGACGCGGUGGAAUCUCGCCUUCGUGGUGACAGCCAUUCUCACGACAAUUUGCUCGAUCAUCUUCCUCCUUUUCGGCACCACCGACGAGCAGCCCUGGAAUUCAACCGAGUCCGACGAGGAUGCACUCGUCGUCGUUCCUCGAGAGGAUGACUACGGCGAGAGAUCAAGAUGAGAGACAUGGCGGCGGCGCCCAAGUCGACAACUUUAGGAACGAAUUUUAGGUCACGGAAUGAAAUCGUCGUCGUUUCUGGGGGGAGACAAGGUGUCCCAAAGCGUCCAACUAAGGCAUGGGGGCCGUUUAUUCUCUCGUUCCGGGAAGGGUUGCUUGAUCCGUUCCCUUGCGUUGAUUUAGUAAACGAUCGAUCGAGGCUCGCCGAGAGGGAUCGAAACAGCGCUCCGAUAGACUCUAUGA